AACCACCACACUCAACAUCAUCAACCUUCAUACCAGGUCAGCAAAUUUAAUAGUGUUGUAUAAAAAACUAUUCCUUUAUGUUAUCAUUUCUGCUUCUUCUGGAUGAAAGCUUACAAUUAAAGUACAGGUCACUGCAAAUUGUGUGUGCCUGCUUGUAGUUUGUUAGACAAAUGUAGUGACUUGUUGAUUCAGUUUUGCACUAGUGGGGAUAUUAACUUUGUAUUUUCAGUCCUGGCCUGAACAUGAGGAGACUACAAGCUGCCCUGACUGUGCGUGAUAAGUAUCAAGGGGAACAACUACAGGGGCAAUCUGCAGCUUAUGAAGCCCAAAAGAGGAAAGUUCUGGAUAAUUUGGUGUCAUCUUUGGAUAAACGAUUUGCUGACAUUGACAAGGGUCUACUCAGUUGCACCCGUAUAGCCAAUUUACAGUCUUGGCCUCCCACAUUUGAAGAUGCUCCAGAUUUUGGUAAUGACAUGCUGGCACAAGUGGUAGAUCACUUUAAUAACCAUCUGCAGCAAAGUGUCGACUUGGCUGUCAUGGAUGCAGAAUGGACCUCUUUGAAACAUGACCUCUAUGAAAAGUAUGUACAUCAUUAUGAGCAAAUAGAGAUAGAUAGUAAAUGGUGA